UAUCAUGCAGACUGAUUCGCCGAAGGGGCAGUCUAAAGGGAAACAGCAGCAUUUGACAUAAACUGAAUCUUGAAAUCAGGGGGGAGCGCGCAGGUGGAUGCGUCGUCAGUCUGUAAUGGAGCUAUAAUGUGUCUCACCCACUUUACUGGUGGUGGAGUGAGGGUGGAGGCCUACUGCACUUUAUGAAUAAUGAAAAAGUGACGUAAACAAUGCGGUCCUCUUUGCGGCUCCAGGCUCUAGGCGAGGCGGGCGCACGGAGGCGUGAUGCGGCCGUGACGUAGUUUCAGUCGGAGAUCUUUAAUCCUCUGCCGCAGCAGCACAGCCGGUUACCGGAGGAGGGGGUAUCUGGGUCGGACAGGAAUGGACCGCUCUCGCUAGGCCGAAAUAGCUCGGUCUUUAGAUAGAUGGUAACAAAAAAAUACCGCGUCGGCUGCGAGGAAGACGAGAGAACGCGAGUUUACGCGCAGGCCAGACCCCCUCCUCGCUGUGCUUCAGCCUAUUCUCUGCUAUUUCCAGCUGAAGCGAGCCCCCGCAGACACCACGGUUGAAUAUCCUUUCCUGUUUGGUUCGCUUUAAAGGCCGGAUGUUGCGGGAGUAGUCGGCCUGCGGGGACUGCGCCUCGUCCAGCCGGUUUAUUCGCCCUUCAGAAACGCGCUUUUGCCCGUCAGCUGCUGCGCAUCGGCACACCAUGCAGGAUGAGCCUGUGGGGGUGACAAGCGCGCAGUUCCCCCUGUCAGCCGAGGAAGAGGAGCGCAGACCUGCCGAGCAGCCGAGUCGCAGCGACCAGCCUCUGCGCUCGGAUUACAGCCGCCUCAGUCAGCAGAGAGCUUUCCCCGACGCGUUCUGCGCCACGCAGUCCAUCUGUGACCUUCAGCACAGCCGAAACAUUCACGCAGAGCUGAUCACGCCCCCACCGCUGGGACAUUUCAGCCACCUGCCCGUCUCCAGAGCCGAGCUGUGCGCGUCCGAGCCCCGCGGCUCUCCUGUGGGAGAGGCUGAAGCCGAUGCUGCGUCUCCAUCCUCCACUUCCGUUAAUCUGACCAACAUCCAAAUGGACUCCCCCAUCGCCCACCACCUAAAUAACGGCAAUGACAGCAGCAGCCCUGGCAGUGUGCUGUCCGGAGGUCUCGGGGCCGCUUUCCCGAACCUCCCCUCCCAGGAGAUGCAGAGCGCCAGCGGGGGCUCGUCCUCGCCCUCCCUCCCGGGGUUCGGCACCCCUUGGUCCGUCCAGACCAACUCCUCUCCCCCACCCGCGCCCAUCAACCCCAUCCACGCCAACGCUAUUAACCAGAUGCCCAGCACGGAUUCGGAGAACAGCUUCUACCCAGGUAUCCCUUCCUCCAUCAACCCGGCCUUCUUCCAGAGUUUUUCGCCGGUGUCAGCUAAUCCGUGCGCCGGGAUUAAUGUGCAGGGCUUCAGCGGUCCUUUCUCGCCUCAGAUAAAUGUCCCCCAGCAGCCGCAAAGUCGCAGGUCCCCGGUCAGUCCGCAGAUGCACCCCCAGCAGGGCGCCUUCCUGCAGCAGAGGAACAAUUACAACCAGCACCAGCCCAUGGUGAAGCCGUCUCCAUGGGGAAGUCAUCAGGGGAACGGCUGGGGCUCCGGUGGGAUGUCCUGGGGCCGAGACCACCGCAGAGGGAGCGGCAUGGGCGUGCCCGGCUCAAUCAGUCACGUCUCGCCCAUGAAGAAACCCUUCUCCAGCAAUGUCAUCGCUCCUCCCAAGUUCCCACGCUCGGCGGGAUCGCUGGGGCCUAAGUCCUGGAUAGAGGAGAACAUGUUUCGCACAGACAGCAACAGCAACACCUUGUUGCCCCUGCAGGACCGCUCCAGAAUGUACGAUAGCCUGAACAUGCACUCCCUGGAGAGCUCCCUGAUUGACAUCAUGCGAGCUGAGCAGGAUCCGAUGAAAGGCCGUGUGGGAUGCCCUAACCCCGGGGCUGACGGCCUUCUCAUGCUCAAUGCCAGAGGCUUCGGGAGGCGUCGAGGCCGGUCUUCCCUGUUUCCUAUCGAUGACAAUCUCCUUGACGAUGGUCCUGGGAGUCAGGGUGUCCCAGGAGUUCUCGGCUCCCCAAACUGUUACCCUCACCAGAACGGAGAGCGCAUCGAGCGCUUCUCUCGUAAGGUUUUCGUUGGAGGCCUGCCUCCUGAUAUAGAUGAAGAUGAAAUAACAUCAAGUUUCCGCCGCUUUGGUCACCUGGUUGUGGAUUGGCCACACAAAGCGGAGAGCAAAUCCUACUUUCCGCCUAAAGGAUACGCGUUCCUGCUGUUCCAGGAGGAGAGCUCUGUCCAGGCUCUGAUUGAGGCCUGCAUGGAGGAGGACGGGAAGCUCUACCUGUGUGUGUCCAGCCCCACCAUCAAAGACAAACCCGUGCAAAUAAGACCAUGGAACCUGAGUGACAGUGAUUUCGUGAUGGACGGUUCUCAGCCCCUCGAUCCUCGCAAGACCAUCUUUGUGGGUGGAGUCCCUCGCCCUCUGAGAGCAAUUGAGCUGGCCAUGAUUAUGGACCGCCUCUAUGGUGGAGUGUGCUACGCUGGCAUCGACACAGAUCCGGAGCUCAAGUACCCCAAAGGGGCGGGCCGAGUGGCCUUCUCCAAUCAACAGAGUUACAUCGCUGCCAUCAGCGCCAGAUUCGUCCAGCUGCAGCAUGGCGACAUUGAUAAGCGGGUGGAGGUGAAGCCGUACGUCCUGGACGAUCAGCUGUGCGAUGAGUGUCAGGGCGCACGCUGCGGCGGGAAGUUUGCUCCUUUCUUCUGCGCUAACGUCACCUGUCUUCAGUACUACUGCGAGUUCUGCUGGGCCAACAUCCACUCCCGGGCCGGGCGCGAGUUUCACAAGCCCCUGGUGAAGGAGGGAGCCGACCGGCCUCGACAGAUUCACUUCCGCUGGAACUAGAGCGGCCACUUCUCCGGGGUGACGGGGCGACAGGAAAGGGAAAAGAAACAGGAAAAAGAGCAUCAUUCUGCCUCUCCUGCUUACCUAAGCUAUCAGUAUAACCAAGUGCGUAACACUAAACAGUAUAUACUAUAUAUAGCUCUAUAUCUUUUGUAGCAGCCAAACACCACAAGCCUCAGUUUUUCACCAAAACCCCCCUCACAUCUCAGGCUCUGACAACUCUACAACUCUUUUGUGGUACUUUCAUCUUUUUCUAAGAGGAGAUUUUAAAAAAAGAAAAAACAGAGAUAGAUUUUUGUAGCUUUUUUUAUUAUUUUUGUAUGUGAGAUUUAAAGUAGAAACGGGAAUGUUUUUGCAUGGGGGCAGCUUGCCUGUCUGUCUGUCUGCUGCUAGCAACCACAGCGUGCGAUCAGUGCACACUUGAAAUCCUCGAUUCUCUGACGUUAGCGCCUGCCGCGGGUCAUUUACCAAAGGUAGCUAAAUUGAUAGGAAGCGUAAAUUUGACACAUGGUCUGCCGCGAAACAAACCCUGUUUUUUAAGUGUCGCCAUGGGCUCAUUCUUCUUCUUCUUACAGAGUUUAUUAAAGAUAAAUGUAAUAGGGUUAUUUUCUGGCCUGUAGAGUGAUACCUCAAGUCAAAUCUGGUUUCUGCUAAUCCACAUUUAUACUUUACAAGCGAUCUUAGGAAGCAUUGCUGCUAUAUAUACAUAUAUAUAAAUAGAUGUGUAGGAAUUAUAUUUAAUGCUGUUUUGUACCCAAAUCCUGUAAAGUGAAAUGCAGUUUGCGCUCAACCACUAAUGGUCUCCUCGCCAUAGUCAGAGUGCAUGAGAUGACAAUAGGCUUACACAAAUAGCAUGCAGGAAAGUUAGGAGAAAAGAUUAAAAAAAAAAAACAAGUCACUGAAGUCUUUUACGAAAAAUCGAGACAUGAUUGUUAAUCACAGACGGAGGGUCAAAGUUAUCGCGUCAGAAAAAAAAACACAUAUGUAUACUUGCAUGCAUUGGUGUUUCUCUGUCUGUUCACAUACUAUCAAUACAAAAAGUGAUAUUGGUCCUUUUGUAGACUUAGUGGAAGCCAACAUUUUGUGGCUCGUAUUAAAAAAAAGCAACAAAAACAGGUGAGAAGCAGAGUAGUGCUCAGUGGUUUUGUGUUGGUGUUGUCCAUGUGUUGUGCGACUGUUGUGAGUGUAGAGUAGCUUAGUUGCAGCCUAGUGGGGAAGCUUCGCCCUCUUAGCAGACGCAGACACGCGGAUGUUUCCGUUCGAAGGACCGAACCGGGUCUCUGAGAAACACCGUCGCUCCUUUAGGCCGAUAUUUCUUACUGAGGAGGCGUUGCACUUAUUGUGUGACUACACAAACCCAAGGAACAUCUUUGGUGGACUCGCCCUGCUUUGUGAGGCAGAUGGCUUCUUGGAGCUCUGAAAUCGAUGUGCUGUUUGUUUGAUUUCCACCCUUGAGAGACUCUUUAUAAAAUAUUUAGGGACAAUCUUUCUGUGAGGAUGGCAGCCCGGCCCGGCCCGGCUGUCCGUUUGGUACUGAUCAAGUGUGUUGUCGUGCUUUUGGUGUCCCCCCUGGCCGCCGUGUGUGCUCCUCAGUAUCAGUGUUACCGCGUCGAGUGUGUACUGUUACAAAACCUUAACGGAACGGAAACUUAAAGCUUAUUUUCUUAUCUGGGUCGAAUAACUUAAACUGUUUGUGUCGACUACUUACCCAUCACCGGCCCUUCAAUAUGUUUGGAUGAUAUAUAUAGUAACAUAUAUAUUAUGCACUACUUUUCUAUUCUCCCCUUCACCCCUUUUCAGUGAUUCUGGUGCAAACGUGUACAGAGGAUUGAUUAGAUUUUAUUUUUUCAUGAUUAUUUAAGAUGUAGCGUGAAGCCGUGGUCUUAAGUUAUCUGUCAUGUGUGAGUAGAGUCAGAUAUUUUUAAUAUAUUUCUAAUGUAGUCUGCUCGUUGCGAAGCGUUCAGAAUGGCUUCGCCACCCGCCUCCCCUCCAUCUGUGUCUCCCACCCCCCAGUGUCACCUGAUGAUGUUUUAAUAUCGUCACCUGUAACACUUGACUCGUGCUGUUUUUCGUGAGGUUCUAUUUUCUAUGUUAAACACUGUUUUGCUCUGCGUGUGUCCUUUUAUUUUGUAAAAAAAAAUCAUAUUUAUUUCACUAUUUUUAUAGAUAAAAAAAGCUAUUUGAUUUUGAUUGUAUUUUUCUAUUUAAAUAGGACUAUUAUUACUGUUUAAUUCCCCCUAAUUAUGUCCAAAAGUUCUGUUCAGAGACUAAGAGUCAUGUCAUUCACGGUUGAUUCUUGUUUUGAUGCACAUGACACGCUUCGUUAGAAGGAAAGAAACAUGAAGGUUUUACUUUAUUCUGGGAAGACACUUGAGAUUCUCCCCUGUGGCAUCGAGGCCCCGGCUGCCUGUCCUCCUAGAUGCUCUGAAACUUGAAUAUAACACAUUUUGAAAGGCUGACUAACCUCGAAUCUGUGUUGUGAUGUGCAAUACUGUUUCUAAUGUUUGUAUAAAAAGUAAGAACUACAGUGUAAACCUUUUUAAUGCAGAUUUAUUUUUUUCAUUGCAUAUUUUGCAGAUUUCUGAUCCACAGUGUCAUUUUUUACUGUCAGAAAAAAAGAAAACCCCGUUUUUUCAUUGCAAGUAUUUUUAAAUCCAGAUAUCUUUGUACUGAUAUAAAUGAUUGUAGUUAUUUUGGAUAGUGUUUUGCUAACAAAAGGAAAGACUUUUUCAUGCAUAUUUCUAUUUCCUUUCAUCUUGUUUUAUCCUGCAUUUUUAUUUUGUUUGAUAGUAGCAAAAUUCUUGGAAUAAUUUUUCAUAUUUUAUUGUCAUUGGUAUUAUUUUGUACUUUGAUGUGGAAACACACAAAAUAUUAUUUAAGAUGCUAAUUGCUAAGACGUUAUUUUGAGUUUGAUUCUUUCUAAAGCUGCAUAUUUGUAAUUCUACUGUUGAAGUGACUAAUUUCUAAAUCAGAGUUUGUGUAUAGAUUCACUAAAGUGGUUUAUGAGGUGUUUGGAUUGUAAUUAUUACUGAAUGGUUCUUUGAUAUGCAAUACGAACAUCAUGUUUAUUUUUAUUUUUGUUGGUUUUGUAUUUAAAUGGGGUGUUGAUUACAAUCUUUUUUUUCUUUCACUUCCUGAAUAAAGACCCAUUUUGUUUGGACACAA